AAGGAAGUGAUGAGAAGGGAGAUCACUCUCUGUUACCUAACAUUGUCGCGGGAAAUAUUCCCUACAAAAAAACGAUUCUUAUUUUGUGCAUUGUUGAAACUUUCAAUAAAAUGCACGAAAUUCUAGCGGCAAACAUUUUAUUUAUUUGAAUUAAGUUUCCAUCAUCCAUCACACUGGCUUCGGAGGAUAUGAUAGCAGCCUGUGAAACCCAGGAUUUUGUACCCUUUGGGAGGGAAUAUAUCCAUUUGCAUCCCGGCAAGUUCGAAAUACAGGUACAACGAAGUCAUCAUGCUGAUCAUGGAUUGCCAUUGCUUCGCUCGUUCCGUGACAUCUCCAUCAGUGAACAGAGCCCCAAAGAACAAUGGUAUCUACAUUGCAAACCAGAUUCGAACUGUGUUGGUGCAGUGGAAGAAGAGCUGUAUGUGUCUGGGAAUACAGUUGUCUGGAGUGUUGGCACCCGACAAGAAUCUAGACGGGUCCUGAAGACCUUCACUGUAGAAUCGCCAGUCAUUCAAGCCAUGUACUGCAGCUUCUUGCUCUCCUAUAACACCGAGAUUCCAGAACAAAUAGAUUUAGACAUUCCUGGUGAACUCCAAGAAGGUAUCUGUGUUCUGGAAUCAACUACAGCAUCCGUGUUUACCAGCCAAGGCGAAGAAUACAAUGUCGCUUUGCCAUUCCAGGUUACUAAAUCCUGGGUUAUUAAGAAUGGGCUUCUCUUUGAACGUUCCUUGUCGUCGUCCGAAAUUGUUCCAAAAGUGUCUCGAAAUGCUCCCAACCACUCCAUUGUGUUCAGUAUGUUGCAUCCUCUUAAUGACAUUGCUCCCGUCAUUCAUGGCCCUAACAAUGCCAACACCACACAGAACAAGGUUAGCUAUUUCACUGACACGUCUCAGAGUAUUGUGUUCAGCUGUGUCGAGCCCUCUAUACUUCUUGUGUACGACAACACAGCUGGACUACACUGUGUGUGGAAGGUCCGUCGUGUGAAGCCUGAGGAGAGUGAUUUUCUCUUUGAAACCUGUGAUAUGCCCAGUUUAUGCCACCUCAAUAAUUCUAUCCUGCAAACAUCUUCUCAUAACCAGUCGAAAGUCAGCAACAUCUCACCUGGCAUAUCUCUGUUGCAGAAUUUCUCCAACAGGACAUUCUCACCUUCUCCUUCAUGUUCCAUAAGUCCUGUUGUCAGUAACCACUUGACAUCUUCAGGAAAUUCAGGCAGCUGCACUCAGUCUCCAUUGGCUUUUGCCUCUUCCAGUCAAUCUCGACCGUUCUACAGCCUGAAUGCUCAGUCAAGGUCUUCCAUGACGUACAUGCGUUCUCCUCCAGGCAGCCAAAACUUCUCAGUGAUGUCGGAAAGCAUGAAUUAUCGGAUCGAACCGGUUAAUCCUGAUAUAUGUCUGGACCAUAUCUGGACUGAGUCGGCGACAUCAAAUCGUGAAGAGUUUGUUGGGAAAGCGAGCAAAGCAUUCAUUGCUAAGGAUCUUUGUGAGCAGAACUAUUUGUGUUACUUGAUUCCACAAAGGCAACACCUACGUUGUGUGAAAUUUGAGAAAAGCAAUGAUAAUUGUCAGCUGAUAUUUGGUGCAGUUUGUACAAUACCUGCCAAAGAUGCCCUCCCAGUUGAAUUGCUUAACUUAACUGUAGUGCUAGAUUUAUCUGGCAGCCUUAUCAUAUACAGUGGAACAACCAAAAUCAACAAGUUGUUUGUGCCUAAAUUGCCUAUAGGAAUUUCAUCGAUGAAUGCUUCGGCAUCGCUGACUCCUCACAACUCUGUCCGAGUCACUAGCAUGAUCACAUCAAGUCGGCCAUCAAACACAAACAAUGUAUCUUUCGAAGAUCAAUUGUCUCAUAUUUCUCCAGUAAUUGGAUCACCGAAUGUGCAUGAUAACCAUGUACUUGAGAGUUCUUCCAGAGACUCGGAGAUUUGCUGCCACGACAACACAGUCCAUUGCAUUCGAGAUAACACCCUCUCACGGUUCACCAUAGAAACCACCGAUGGCUCUUUGCUGCGAACGUCGCUACCACCACUUACCGAGUCGACAGGAAUCGAAAGUAGUCUCGAAGCCCUGCGUUACAUCUUACCCAAAGACUGCGCUAUGAAGAUGUUGUCUCGCUGGUAUACGACGCGUAAUGUCACCAGUGGAUUCGACAAUCAGUCGGAGUGGGUGGUCUUCUCUCGUUUUCUCCUGGGACAGAUGGGUUUUGACACUAGCCGUCUGCCAUUGACACAUGAAAAUGAAUUCAACAACACAACAUCUCCCGUGGUGGAAGUGAAACGAGCUAAACCAUCCAACCAGGGCUGCAACGACGAUUGGGAAUAUCUACUCAAAUCCGAACACCAUCAUUUCACAUCCAAGUACUUUGAUUCUGCCCUUGGCUUCUCCCUCGUAGACAUCCCCAACAUAUAUUAUCCAAAGCCUUGCACUGUAAACCCAUCAGCUCCUCUCUUCUCUUACAUACCAAGCAUUCUCUUCUCAUUACACUUGGUUUAUGAAGAACUCAAACUAAACACUUGUCUCUCUGGACAACUCGAAUACUUAGCUCUGAUGCUUUUCUUUCUGGCUAACAAUCUGAAAUGUUUCUACUACACUGACAUCUACUGUCGAGAUUUCCCCCAUCUCUAUAAUAUGGUCGAUGAAAACCACCAGAUACAUCCUGAACAGUGGGCAAAGCUGCAGUUCACAUCUAUAUUCACUGAAGUGCCCCCUAACAUAUGUAUGUGGAUUUGUAAACUGUUAUCUGGACUCGAAUGCCAGCCAGUUCUGUUCCUGCCAAAUAUUUGUAAACGAAUAGAAAAUAUCAUCAUACUAUACACCACCCUUGUCAAUCAGAAUUGUAAGGCUAACCAUUUCCUGAGAGAAAUCCCUGUUUCUGGUUACCGAACUCUUUCCUCUCGAGCAAAAGGUUCUCUGAGUGAAACUGAGAAAAACUCGCUGUCAAUAGCGGAGAGUAUAGUGCUGCUCAUGACUCGGCUGGGCAUCACGAAACGGGAUCUGGAAUCGUAUCCUAUAGGGGUUGUGCUGCCAUUACGAGAAGCGAUACUACAAUGUCGGUGGGAUCCACCAUCUGAUUGGCCCGAGGAAGCUUACAUUUUGAUUGGUCGUAAAGAUUUGUCCCGAAUCAGUGCUUACUGUAAAUGUCAGUCGGGUUCUUCCCUGAAUGAAGGGCGCUACGUGAAAGAAUGUCCUUCUCUUGGGAAAACAAACAAAGAAGAUGAUGAUGGAAUGGGUCACCUUGAUGAAGAACUCUUGAAAUUACGGUUCAGUGAAGACCUUCGAGUGCAAGAGGUCCGCCACAUGUUACAGUCAUCUCGUCCUGUUCGUAUUUCACUUCAACAGAAACCGGAAGUGAGUGACCAUGAAUUCAUUGAAGAACAAGAACGCUACCUGUACGCAAUCUGUACAAGAACAAUGGCCUUACCUGUUGGUCGAGGAAUGUUUACUCUGUCUAGUUUCCAUCCGUUACCUACAGAAGCCCUUCCUAUCCCGAAACUAUGCCUGACCGGGAAAGCUCCACCUCGCAACACCACAGUUGACCUCUCCCAUAUUGAAACCCCUUCCAAUAUGGCCACAUGGCCACACUUUCACAAUGGGGUCGCUGCUGGAUUAAGGAUUGCCAACUCAUCCCAGAUAAAUUCCACUUGGAUCAAUUAUAACAGACCUAAGACUUGUGAUUUCACUACAGAAUAUGCUGGCUUCUUGAUGGCACUUGGACUAAACGGCCAUUUAGCUCAUCUUGCUACCCUUAACAUUCACGAGUAUUUGAGCAAAGGUCAAGAUAUGACUACUAUUGGGGUCCUGUUAGGGCUGGCUGCCACAAAACGGGGGACAAUGGAUCAGGGUAUAACAAAAGUACUCAGCAUCCAUGUCCCGGCCCUUUUACCACCGACAUCGACCGAACUGAAUAUUUCUCACAAUGUCCAAGUCGCAGCUGUUUUAGGAGUUGGUCUUGUCUAUCAAGGCACAAGUCAUCGUCACAUUGCCGAAGUACUGCUGUCCGAGAUUGGACGUCCACCUGGUCCUGAAAUGGAGAACUGCACCAACCGCGAGUCAUACGCCACAGCUGCCGGUCUUGCCCUUGGUCUAGUCAUGUUUGGUAAAGGAAGUGAAGCUGCUGGCUUGUCCGAUUUAGGAAUGGCAGACACUCUCUGUCACUUCAUGAUUGGUGGUCAUAAACGGCCGGUGACGGGGCCAAAUCGGGAACGUUAUAGGUCGCCAAGUUACCAAAUCAAGGAAGGUGACAGCGUGAAUGUUGAUGUCACUUCUUCUGGUGCAACACUGGCCCUCGGUAUGCUUUACUUCAACACAAAUAACACAGCGGUUGCCGACUGGCUGAAGGCACCAGAUACUCAGUUCACCCUGGAUCACGUCCGACCGGAUUUCUUAAUGCUGCGUACUUUAUGUCAUGGAUUAGUGUUGUGGGAUCACGUACUUCCAACGACGACAUGGAUCGACAGCAAUUUACCAAUAAUUGUACAGAAAUACGGUUUCAAACGAGAAUCACACAGCAGAGAUGAAGACAACAUCGAUUACGAAACAAUGAGUCAAGCUUAUUGCAAUAUCGUCGGUGGUGCUUGUAUGGCAAUGGGCUUGAAAUUUGCAGGAACUGCUAAUGCAGUCGCUUACCAAACUCUGCUAGAUUGCAUGAAGCGUUGCAUGUAUCUUUUACCAGUUCCUCCAUUCUGUGAACAAGCCGGUAAAAGCACUGUUGAAAACUGUACCGUUGUAGUGCUUCUUUCCCUUGCAAUGGUCAUGGCAGGAACUGGAGAUCUCGAUGUGCUCCGAAUAGCCCGGGCUUUACGGAAACGUGUCGGUCCACAACAUUCUUAUGCCACUUAUGGGUCUCACAUGGCUGUGAGUAUGGCUAUUGGCCUCCUCUUUCUAGGUGGUGGUAGAUAUUCCCUCAGUACAAAGCCAGAAGCAAUUGCAGCCAUGCUGUGUGCCUUCUUCCCAAAAUUCCCCACUCACAGCAUUGACAACCGCUACCAUCUACAAGCGUUCCGCCAUUUGUAUGUCUUGGCUGCUGAACCCCGAGUCUUGAUACCAGAGAAUGUUAUUUCACGCCAGCCUUGCUAUGUUCCAGUGGAAAUCCGGUUUAACGACACCAAAUUUUACAAAAACGUCUCUUACACUACAAUGGCACCGUGUCUCAUUCCAGAGCUAAACUUGUUGAAGGAGGUGAAAAUCUUGGGACCUCGUUACUGGCCAAUCAGAUUCGAUGUAGACAAAAACUGGAAAACUUUAGAGUUGCUUCUUAAAAAUAGUGGUGUUGUAUACGUGAAACAGAAAGCUGGACAUUUGUCUUACAGUGAAGAUCCUAAAGGUUACCAUGGCCAUUUAGCAAAGUCUUUGACAAAUAAUGAGUCCAGUUUUGAAUCAACAAAACUUCAUCCAAAAUCUAUAAAGUCCUUCACAUCGGAUGCUCGAAUAUUGGCCUUCUCUGAGUUUUUCCUGUUUAAAAAUGAAAAAGAAUGUGACAGGCUGGCCCCUGUUGUCUACAGUUGUGCCUUUAAAGAAAAACCAGAAGGGAUUCCGACUCAGAUGAACUUAGCCUAUGAAGUCUGGCAGUCACAGAUUAACAAGGCUCCUUUAGGACUUUGGCAACUGAAGAUUGUCUUGAACUAUUACGGCAGCAAAUACCAGUUCAAAGCAAGUGAAGAAACCGAGAAAGUGCCACUUGUGGAAUUGGAUUAUGUGUUAUCUCUGAAGAAUGAACUGGAAAAGUUCCUUGCUGAUUGGGAAACUAACAACAUGGAAAUUCUGUUGAAAUAUUUCCAAGGAGAAUCAUUGAAAGAUGAGCAAUGUGGACACUUGUCUGCUUUCAUUGUUUGGUACGACAUUCCACAUCCUCAUGAUUUAGCAAGUAUCAGUGUAAAAGGAAAGCCCACUCUUCCAGUAUUGUGUAGCCAGCUUCCUCAUUUACCAAUGUCAUCCAUUAUGAAGUUGCUGAAUGCAUGGUGCAUCAAACAGACCUACUCUGAGAAGGGCCAUCUUCCUGAGUUUUCCCUUUCUGCCGAUUCCUGAUUUUGAACUCUUUGCUUCUGACUGUCUGUACCUCGUGUCCUGUCUUCAUUCUUGUGUAUCUACAUACAUGUAUGAAUUAUGCCUAUAAACAUAUGCAUAAAUAUAUAAGUAUGUAUAAUAUAUAUAUGUAUAUAUAUAUAAUAUAUAUUUAUGUGUGUGUGUGUGUG